UCGUCUGCUGUCGGGGGAGGACAGCACGGGAAUAACGGAACAGAUGUGUCCACUCAAUUUCGUUUUGUUCCGUUGUGUUUCUGCGCAUAGACCACUUGAUUAUCUCUGUGGGUAGGACACAUUCUGGGGAAGUAAUGUGUGUGUGUGUUAUGGCCGAGGGUAUUUAAGUCGGUAGCCUGGAUGGAUACAGAAUCUCUGCAGAGCAGGGCGGUUAUUGCUGCAAGUGUAUCGUCCUCACGAUCGGAUGUCUAUGGCGUCUGAAAGAAUGUUUCAGAACUAGCCUAGCAGGUCGAGCUGUCUGUCUGCCUGUCACCAAAUCCAAUGACGGAUAUCUGUCCGGAUCGUGAGUCGUUGUGAUAUGAGAAUGAGCCCUCUCAGAUGCUCGCGAAAGUGCCUCUGGCUGGCGAUAGUGCUGGCUGUACUCGCACUGUUCUGGUUUUGGAUUCCGGGCCGGGGCAUUGACUUCAGGAGGCUCAUGGGCGAGAUCCAGCAGCAGUCUUCGUGGAGGAAAAAUGCCACGAACAGCGAGGCAUUCAGGAGCGAGGUGGAGAAGUGCUGUGAAGUGCAGCACCUCUUCGCAGUCACCCAGCAGAACACCCCUCUUGGCACAGUGCUGUGGUACGACGCUGCAUUCUUCCACUCACAUACUGUUGACCAACACACCUAUUCUCUGCUCAUGAAGGAGUCUCCAAUUCCAAAUCGUCUGAGCUCCUGUGCAGUGGUUGGGAAUGGGGGCAUCCUGAAGAACAGUGGCUGUGGCCAACAGAUUGACCGAGCCCAGUUCAUCAUCCGAUGUAAUCUCCCUCCCCUGACCAGAGAAUAUGCAGAGCAUAUCGGAAAGAGGACUCACUUAGUGACCGCAAACCCAAGCAUCAUAGACCAGAGAUUUGGAGGUCUGGAGUGGUCCAGGCGGCCGUUCGUAGACAGCAUGCGUGUGUACGACCGGAGCUUCGUCUACAUGCCAGCCUUCUCCUCGAGUAUCGGCACAGAGCCGUCCUUCAGGGCUGCCCACACCCUUGCUGAUGUCUCAGCCAAUCAGACGCUCCUGUUCGCCCACCCAGAGUUCCUGCGGCGUGUCAGUGCCUUCUGGACCGCCCGGGGCGUCGGUGCUGGGCGACUCUCCACCGGAAUCUUCGUGCUGACUCUCGCCGCCUCCCUCUGCGACCAUGUGGACGUCUACGGCUUCUGGCCUUUUCCAAACGGGCUGGACGGCAGGCCACUCUCCCAUCAUUACUACGACAACGAACCCCCCAACAGUUACCAUGCGAUGCCGCAGGAGUUUCUGCAGCUGUGGCAGUUGCACAAGGAUGGAGUUAUUCGCCUGCAGCUGGGAAGUUGUGCAUAGCCCUGGACGCUAUCGCUGCGCUAUGGUGCGACCUGAUAAUGUGAUUCACUGGAACAAUCUUGACCCUGGAAUUUAGUUAUUCGUUGAUCUGACGUUUUCUGAACAAAGUUCAGGAGUAGCCUAUAGGAUUCAUUGACAGACUUAACUCACUUUACUUCCUUUCGUAGGAAAUAAAUCCUGGAGUUGCCAAGCUUAGUUUCCACCUCCUCCCCUGCUCCUCCAUUUCACGAUUAGCUCUAAGCUCUAAAUUACCCCUCAUCCAUAGGGGGUGUUAGCGGACAUCACUCACAAGUGAUCUCCGCUAUUGACAUCCCAGGACCAUGGCCAGCUACCAAGCCAAACUUGCUAAUCUCUGCACUCAGUCUAAGCAAUCCAGUAUAGAUAGUUGAUGUUUGAAUUCAACAUCCAGACAAAUAAACCCCUUCCUCAGUGCUCUGCCCUUCCCCUGCUUCCUCCCACUGUCUGGUGCACCAGCGCUAACGCUACCUGUGGUUGUUUGGCUAGAACAUGUGGUUAACGCUACCUGUGGUUGUUUGGCUAGAAUGUGUUUUUGUGAGCAGGUGCACCCGUGUCUAGCCUGGAUGCCAGACCGAAGUUUAGCCCCGCCUCCAUUCUUUUUCUGCAGGGAACUUCGGUCUGGCACUGCUCCGUUCAGCUGCUACUAUUCGAGAUACAGAUCUGUUCGGACCAAUCACAUUUCACAGGGCGGGCUUUACGUGAUGAUUGACAGAUGAACAGCAGUGACGUUCACGGCUGCAUGCGUCCUCGUUCAACGAGUUGGGUGUGAGACCAUGUUCGCUUAGGUUGAUUUUGAUUGCAACAGAAACGCUAUGGCUAUGAAUGCAUAAUUUGUUCAUGCAGUUUGGCCUUUCGUUUAUCUUAGCUAUUGAAACGGAGGUUUUAUCACAGAUUCGCACAACUAUUUCUGAACACUUAGACCAAUGAGGAUAUGUGGGAAAACUUCAGUUUCACUUUCACCCAGUUAAAACAGUAUGUUUGAGUGAUGUUGUUCCCGUUUGUUUAAAAAUGUCUGUUUGCUCGUUGGGUUAACGACACACUUCCCCAGCUGUUCAUUGCAUAUACAGUUUGAAGGAAUUAUUUUUAAAAACGAAGGAGGAUGUUUUCCAUAGCCUACCCUGCUACAUAUUUCUGUCUAGAUUUCGCAGAUACUGACAGCCAAUAACUUGUUCUGUUUGGUUUGGUCUAUCCAAUGAGUGCAGAGCUAUCCCCCCCGCACUGUAUCGGUUGAAUCACGCCCCAUAAUCGCAGCUGAAUGGAGCAGUUUCAGACUCAUAUUCUGAUAAGAAUUGAGUAUGACGUCGUCAGGCUAACCCGUGUCAGCUUCCUGUUUACAAAGCCAGGGCAUGCAGAUAACAUUGUCUGUAUGCAAAUAUCAGAUCUUUUUUAGGGACGUUGAAGACACACAGUAUAGAGACAGCUAGUGUGACAAUCUGUGAGGAUGUAUUCGUUACAUGUGAAGAGCAAGUGUAUUGGUGGUUUAUAAUGGUCAAAUCCCCCUUUAAGUGACUGUUCCAUGCUCUGACCAGCACCCUCCACUGUGAGUGUCGUGAACGGGGCAAACGCCAGUGAUGACACUUGGUUGGCCUUGACUUGAAAUUGCUCAAGAGCUGCUCAGCUGCCAUGCUAUCACCAUGCUAAGCUCAAUCUUUUAAGAUUGAAUGUUAGAAUGGGGAGGCUGUGCUUUUUUUUCUACUGCACAAGAGGCGUGAUCAAUGGGCAUUGUUCAAAUGACUCAGACCAACGAUCCGGUGCGUCUUUUGGAUAAGCUAGUUCCUGAUUGGAGCCAAAGGUUCUGGCAGGGAACAGAGGAGAUAGAUGUGCAGGUUUCCAGCGUGAGCUGCCGGGCGAAAUCCAAAUUCACCGGAAGUUCAGGCAGGGUUCACCCAGCCUACAGCUGCCUCUGACUCGUGUCUGAUUCCCUGCAGAAACGGUCAACGUUGCUCAACACCCAGCACACAUGACAGGCGUAAGCCAUGACUUGCAUGAUUAUGAUUAAAGGAACCGUAUGUAGGAUUUUUGCCAAAUCUGGUACUGCAAUCACUUUCAAAAUAUUGUAGAGCGAUGCAUCCCCUCCCCCUCCCUCCUGAGUCAAAGUUCGCAACCCGGAUGCCGAAACACCACUGGCCAUCAGGCCAAAACACAUAAUAUGUAAACAUCAGUUGAGGGCUGCAACUUUUAAAUGACAAUAUCCUGGCCGGACUACUGUUAGUGAUAUAAGUAUUUGAAAUUAGCAUGAUUUCUUAAUGUCUAGUGACAUCAGGGCCAUUUUAUGAUUAAUUGAAAUACAUGUCUUACAGUUCCUUUGAAGUUGUCUGAAUUUGCUCCACCUUUUGCACCAUCUGAAUUGAUUCAAACUUCAUGAAUUCUUCAUCACAGAAUGUCGUUGUAGUAGCCUAUUGUGGUGAUUCACAGAUGGCUUUGACUUGCGAUUGCUCAAGAGCUGCUCGGCUGCCACUGACUCAUGUCUGAUUCCCUGCAGAAACAUGCAAUAUUGCUCAACACCGCAAGGCACACAUGACAGACAUAAGGCAUGGCUCGCAUGAUUAUUGCUUCCUUCCUUCCUGCCUCUCACCCCUGGCUCUCUGUACUGUCUCGGUGUGCAUGAUGUCUUCAGGGUAGCUAAUAUCAUUUGCACAAGUGUGUGUCUUAUACAGAUUGAACAGGUCUGGUCAAUCUAUACAGCCACAGGAUCAGGAGAUGCACAACGGACCGGUCUGAUGAAGUGCCUUUGUGGGAACCUCUGAUGUCUGACGUAGUAACCAUUACAGCAUUUACACAGUCAGGAAAUUGAAUUACUUUUUAUGUCCAGUAAAAAGAGCGAGUUAGAGACUCGAGAGAGACUUAGAAGUGAACAGUGAGUUAGGGAGAAAGUGUAAAUGGAAAGUUCAUGCUGUGGCUGGACUGAUCUGCAGGAACCUGGACCUCAUCAGCACAAAUCUGUUGGGAAGUCGGAAUGAGAAGAAUGGUGAAGUGUUUGUUUGUUUUGCUUUGUCCACUAAAAUUGAAGAGACAUACUGUCCCAGACAAAGGGGAAAAAACACAAGCAAACUCGUAAGACUCAUGAAUAAAUGCACUGACUACAACCUGUCUGUGUGGAUCUCUAAGGAAACAGGAAACAGCUCAGCUAAUGUAUUAGUGAUGUUAUUAGCUCAGCUAAUGUAUUAGUGAUGUAUUAGUAGUGUUAUGUUUUCAUCAGGGUUUGUUUGGAUGUUUGUCUGUUUGUUUGUUUGCUCACAAGAUAACUGAAAACGUUAUGGAUGCAUUUCGAUGACAUUUUCAGGAAAGGUCUGAAAUGACCCAAGGAAGAAGUGAUUUUGGGAGUGAUCUGUAUUGCUGUCUGGAUCCAGGAGGUUAUGUUUUCUCUUAGCGAGGUCUGCGCUCUCAGAGUGCUUUUCUAGUUAAAUGAUCAAACCAAGAUGAUGAUCAAACAAAGAUGGUCACAUGGGUGAAAUUAUUCAAUCUCCAGUUUCCCUAAAUAAUAAUAAUAAUGCAACUUGUAUUAGUAGUAUUACAUAAUAAUUACAGAUCAAUGACGAAUGUUGCAGAAAAGCCACUAGGUGGCUUUGCAUAAAAAGGGCGAACAUGUGGCUUGUUGCUACUGGGAUGCAAGCCGGGACCUGAUCAAACCCGGCUGGGUCACCUGGGCAAGGAGGUCUGGUGUUGAAAGACCCGUAACCUCAAGUAAGAAAAGUUGGUCAAAGGCACUCAGUUGAGGAAAAAAUUAAGCCUUUAAUGGUACAUGGCAGAGACUAAAAACAUACACCGACGCGUUGCGGCCACAUGGCCUUCUUCAGGGCAUAAAGCUUGAAGAUAGGACAAAGAACAGAGUAUAAAAUGGCACCCUUGGGUGUCAAGUGGGUGGAGUAACCCUUACAGGUCAAAGGUCGCUUGAUUGACAAUUAUCAAUUAAAAGACAAACAAAGUCAGAAAAUCACUGUUUGACUUGUAUAGAACUAGGAGCAUAACAGAAUCAAUGCUAGAACACAGGUAGCCAAAUAAUACAAUUCACUAAGGGACAUUCACAAAAAAGGGGAGAAAUCACAUUCAGUAACCUCAGUUGACCCCAGAGACAUUACUGAUGAUGCAAACCAGUGCAUCCACAGAGAUCUUGCAACCAUAAUAAUAAUAAUAAUUAUUAUUAUUACUAUUAUUAUGAAUAUUAUUUUACUAUAGUCUGAAGAGAUUACUUUUGAAGUCUGCAAUGGAUUCACAAUGCUGGAUGUAGGAAUGUGAAUUGCAAAAUUUUAGGGCAUGGUGAUGAGAUGCUCUUCCACCCACAGAGA